UUCACAAGCCAAAAUCUUUUUAGUUUUCCCAAAUCACAUUUAGCUUGGCUGCGCUUUUUUCAUUAACUUCAAUUCAACAUGGCAAACUUUCAUAUUGAUGAGAAUGCUAUGAUGGAGUUAGUUUGUGCAACUCAUAAUCCUGACGGUACAAACUUCAAUUCUAAUGUUGUUCUUAGUGCAAUUGAGACAAUUCUUAACUCAGAAAAGGUGGUGGAUAAAGUAGCCACGGAAGAUAUGCUCGAGGAGUUUGAUCUCAAAUUUAGGGAGCUUUCUUUAAAAAUACAGCACCUUUGUUUUGAGGUAUGGUUCUUGACAUUUGAAUGGUGGUUAAUGAUCUUUGCAUUUUUUUUUUAGUACUAUUGACUCUGUUACAAUGUAGUAUCUGUUCAUAGCUACUUUCUCAACCAAAUGAAGCCACUAGACCACAAGGUCUUUGACAUGAUCUUUGCAUUUAAAGCUAGCAUUAUGGAAUUUCAUCAAUAUGAUGCCCAUAAUGUUUUAAUUUGUUUAAUGUUAUUUUAUUCAAUAUAUAGUAUUCGUUAUUUUUGAAUUAUUAUAUUCUUGUUUCUAGCUAACAUCCAAGUCAUCAAGUAUCAUAGAUAGACACCUUACCACAAUAUGUCUAUUAAGCAUAUUAUCAGCAUAUUCAUGGGAGGCAAAGAUGGUGCUAAUGCUUGCAGCCUUUUCCAUUAGCUAUGGGAAACUCAACAUCUUUUCUCGACAACGCUAUAGGAAAGGGUUUACACAAAGCAAUUGGUAAUCGUCACACAAAGCGCAAAUCCAACAGCAUCUAAUGACCCAAACCCAAAUGAUAAUUUGAUAAAGUGUGCCAUGGAUCUCACCAAAUGCAUUGUUGAGAUCAAUCAAUCGUCAUCGUAUUCUUUGCCCCAAUCAAUCAUUUCGGUAUUACCAUUUGCUAGCUAUUGGGUUGGUAGAAGCAUUGCUUGUACUGUGGCCUAUUGUGCUUGUCUUCCUAUGGCAAACAUCAAGUUUGAAAGUGAACUCAACAUUAUAACUACCAAAAUCAAGGAUAUACUCACCACUUGUUCCCCAGCACUAGAAGCGAAGAGAGCAGACGAAUCUUAUCAAGCAUUACAACAUGCUUUAUUUAACAACUCUUCCGAUAAAUUGACAGUAUUAAAGUUAAUAUUAAAUGUCAUUGAUGAUAAUGAGAUUUCACAUUUUAUGUGGAUCGGCAGGCGUCAUGAGACAAUUGGAUUAAAUUAUUUUGAUGAGGAUAAAAAAGUGGCUCUGCUACUAACAUCAGGCCUUGACAUCUCUAAUGAGAGGAUUCAGUUUCUCAAUGCCUUUUACUACUAUCCAAGGUCAACUCCAUAUAUACUUUGGAUUCCAAUUCUGAAUGAUCAUGCAGCAUUGUCGAUUGAGCAAUAUGAACAAUUUCGAGAUAAAAUGUGGUUUGAAACAAUGGACGAUCCAAAUAAAAGGAUUGCACGAAGCUUUACUAGAUUUGUCAAGGAGAAUCUCCUCCCUCACUUUCAGAUCGGAGAGGAGCCUAUCCUCGUUUCACUAGAUCAACAUGGAAGGAUCGUUCAUACAAACAUGAUGCACAUGAUUCAAACAUGGAGUGAUGAUUAUAUUGAAGAUAGUAAAUUGAGAGUUGAGGUACGAAACAAUAUAAUCCCUUUCAUCGAAAAGGAAAUGAAAGAAAGGUCUCAAGGUCUUGAUAGUUUGAUAUUUGACAUUGACGAACAAAUAAGUCAUUUGGCACUUGAAGUUGAUAAUAAGAUAGAUGGUUGGGCAGAUCAAAUUAACGAUAGGCUAAAUAAGCUGAGAAAGCACUCAAAUAUGUACACAAGUGAAAGAGAAAACGCUCUAUGGAAAAAAGAAAAAGAUUGGAGUCUUGGCCUUGUGGUUGGCAAAAUUGAUGAAAGAGUAACAUCUUGGAUUGAGAACGAAAGGUGUUUUUUCUUAUAUGGAGGAAAUAACAUUAAAUGGGUUAGAGAAUUCACUUCCAAAGUACAUGAAGUAACCUUCAAAACCCAGUCAAACAUAAAUUUGAUUUAUGUUGGAAAAAAUGAGAAAGUAAGAGCAAGCAUUGAUGAAGAACACUCGAGCUAUUUAUUAGAAAGUCCCUACGAUGCUUGGAGGUUUUGGACAAGGCUUCAAAGUGCAUUAUUGUCGCGAAUCAAUUACUUAAAUGCAGCUAAUUGUCACGGUGAUGAGUGCGACGAUGAAAUUGCACAAGGGUUCAAAAAAUUGUUGGGUUAUGAAUGUAAGGGUGCAACUAUGGAAGGAUGGGCAGUGUUAAGCAAACGGCAAAAGGUGGUCGUAUGUGGACAAGGAGCUAAAAUGUUGAGGGUCAUUAAUGAGUAUGAGAGUUGGAAGGAAAACAUAGCCCUUAAAAGCUUUGACCAAGCAUUCAAAGACUACUACAACAAGACCCUGCAUACUUGUUGUUCAUCGAAUAGCCAUUCUUGUUGUGCUUUAGAAUACCCAAUCACCUUGAAAGAAAUUCUAAAGAAAGAGAAAUGUCCAGAGUGCUUUCAUGAUAUGCAAAAGUUUGUGACUUUUACAUGCUAUCAUGGUGACAGUUGAUUACAAGCUAAGAAUGAUGGAUGAAAAACUUCUGUAUGACAAGCUAAGGCAUUCAAAGACAGGCAAAUGAGCAGCUUGGAUGUGGUCCUCCAAUUACCAUCUUGUGAACCUAAUUACUUCAGAUUUUGGAUGUGGUCCUCCAAUUACCAUCUUGUGAACCUAAUUACUUCAGAUUUUGGAUGUGGUCCUCCAAUUCUAGGUUUUGUUCCAUCUGAUUUGAUUUGUAUGAAGUGUUUUACUUCUAUAGCUUUCAUUGAAGUUUUAAUUCCAAGUAUUUACAGUUUA